AAUUGAUUUUCGAUUUUUAUGAAAAACGUUUUUGCUUUUUCGUUUUUAAAUUACCCUUUUGAAGUCGUGAUUUUCUAUCAUUUCCGUAUCAGUACGGUGAUCUUCUCUAAAUUGAAAACGGCAUUAAUAAUUGUUAAAUAGAUGGCAUAUUUUGUUGGCAUGCGACGUUAUGAAUGCAGGAUUCAACUUGGCUUGUGGAGUGAUACAAAUUACUUAUCCGUAUUAGAAAGGGAACAGUUUUUACAAACGUAGAUAUACGUACGAAGUUGUAAGGUUGAGAGGCAAAAUUAAUAGCCGAAACAGAAAAUGGGCUUAGAUAAAGAACUAUUUGAAGGGGAAGUUGGCGAAGAAUUUCUUUGCGGAUUGUGUGACCAGGUACUUUUGAAUCCAGUCACCGCCGGAUGUAGUCAUAUAUUUUGCCAGACUUGUGUCAACCGGAAGUUAAGAUCGCUUGUAUCAAAGUCGUUAUGUCCUUCAUGCAGCGCUAGCCUUACCAGCAACACACAAGACACGACCAUAGAAUUUAAGCUGAAGCUGCUAAAUCUAAAUCUAAGAUGCAGCCAUAAGUGUGGAGCCAAUUUUGUGCUGGCUGAUUUACCAGAUCAUAUGGAUGUUUGUCCAAAUGCUCCGGUAAAAUGUGAGUUUAAAACCAAAGGGUGCACAAGAACAGUAAAGAGAUGUGAUUUCAAGAAACAUUUAGAAGAAUGUGACUAUAGGACUGUAGAAUGCGAGGCUUGUGGAUAUGUAACACUUUACAGGGAACUAUUUACUCACCAAAGUCAUGUUCGAUGUCUAGAAAAGAAGCUAAAACAGCAAAUUAUUAGAGAAAGAAAAUUAGCCUCAAAAGAAAUAAACAAACACAGGGAAAGACUCUUCCGUGACAACGUUAGACUAGACCAACAGCAAAGGAAGUCACUUUUGAACCAUUCCAAAUCCUUAAAAUUGAAGAGGAAGUUAAGACUUCCUGUCAAUGAUGAAACAGACCCAGAGUUUGAUUAUUCACCAAGAGAUGGUAUAUUUUUGACCGAGGAAGCGGUGCAGCACCACAAUGAUGUAACGAUGGAACAAAAUAAUGAGGAAUCUAAAGAAGCGACAGAACAAAUGCAAAUUCAAAAUAACACCAAAACUCCCCAUUCCUCCCGAGCUGGAUUCUCCUCCCAGAUAUGCUCGCAGUGUAACAAAAAGUUCCGUUCUGAUACUAAUACGUCAACAGCAUGUAGAUGGCACAUCGGGCCGGUAAGAGGAGUUUUAUAUCAUUUCUAAACAUUAAUUUUUUUAAAUCAAAUCCGCAUUUUAUCUUUGAGAAUGAUAAAUACACAUUUGAUAAAAAAUAGCGAACUUUAAACUUUAUUGAUAAGAUAAUCAUAAGUAUCACUUUAUAAUGCAAGUAUGUAUUAUGUAAGGGAACCAUUUUUAAUACAUUAAAAUUCUUUUGAAGUGUUGAUGAACUGUAUUUGUAGGUAACAAAUUUUCUUAUUGUUUGAUCAUUUUAGUAUAAUGAACUUAUAAAAACGCUAUUAUAAAACUUUAUAAUUAGAAGAUGAAAUAUAAAUAAUAAUUACAUUCUUUUGUAUUUUUCAUAAACCUGCAGAUGGUAAGCGUAGUUGUAUCUUAUAUAAAUUUUCUAUAUCAACGUUUGUCUGGUUUUCUUAUUAAAAAAAGUUGGAUAAUGUUCUCGAUAUUAUUUGCUGUCAUUUAUUAUGAAAAUAAACGUUCUGAUGUAUGUUCAGUGACAGUUGAAUGCAGCUAUCAGAAAAUAAGAUAAAUAAGUCAGUCUAAUAACUCAUGUUACCGACAGAGUUUUAGAACGUAAAAACCUUUCGUUGGAAAUAUUUUGCUUGACUACAUAAAAAGUUAAAAAAGUAAAAAUUUCUUGUUUAACGUGGGUAGUCGACGAAAGUCCCCACCUGGAAUGGAUGGAACAACUUAUUCCCAGCCGAGCCCACGACAGGUGUCAUGUUUACCUCCUCAGCAUCCAGUCUAGGCCGAUUCUGCUGGAAACAGUACCAAUUUAAGUAAAUCACCCAGCACUGAACACUAGUCGGGAUAUCAGCCGUGCCGGGAAUCGAACCCGAACCGCUGGCGUUGUAGUCCAGCCUGCUAACCACUGCGCCACUGAUUCCCUCAAUGCAUAAUUAUAUAUUGCAAUUUGAGGAGAAAGACACAUACAAUGAGAAAAACCUGCCAUAUUACACUCAUACGUCAUUUGUCAUGUUAUUUUCUGUUAUUUUCAGGUUGAAGUUUUCGUAAGUAUAGUUCUGCUAACUUUAUUUCCUGACAAAUGUCUGCAGAGUUAGUAAGAAUAAUGAAAACUGUACAUGUACAUUGUUGACCCAAGUUUCUCUAGGUUAUCAGCUUAGAUCUGGAUUAAGUAUAAGAAGACUGUAUUAAUACAAAAUAUCAAUUUAGGCCAACAAGAUCUGAACUAAUUCAAGUCUUAAUCGUUGACUGUUAGAGACGUAUAACUUAUAAUAAACACUGUAAUUAAUGUCAUCAUACUUUCAACUAUGGUAGCUGAUUUGUGCCAUUGCGUUCAAAAGGGUCCGGUACAUGAGUUGAUUCAGUUUAUUGUUUAGGAAAUAGUCAUAUCUGUAUGUUUUUUGUUGAUAAUUACGGAUCUAGGACCCAAAAAUAAGUCAUUAAACCCAAUCCACCCACGUGCCGGACCCCUUUGAUUGCGUUAUUUCAAUCUGUCGUUCAUCUGGGAAUAACUCAGAAGAACUACUACAAAAUGAUUAAACAGAAGUUUCCGUUUUUGCUAUUAAUGACGCCUCGGUUUAGUUAAAAUUGGGAUUUCAUUUUUCAUAAUGACAUGUUUAACACGCAAAAUAAAACCAUACCGGAUCAGUGUGGGUUUGGAAAUGAUUUCAUCAAAAAUGAUAUUAAUCCAACCCUAAAAGGCCUGAAUAACUACUAGUAUGAUAAUAAAAUUAAGAUACCUGGAUUUAAGAAUUAAUGAGAAAGACAUAUUAACAAAUUUCGAGAAAUAUAUACAUAUUAUCUAGUUUAAUGAGUGUUAUAUUGUCACUCUGUGUCACUCUUUACGUGAUGUCUUACUUUGAUAUGUUUGAAUUUUAUUAUAGAAUUCUCUCGGUAAUAAGAUAAUAUCUGACAACUUUAUAUUAGUUCAUUUUGAUAUUAUUAGAAAACUUUACACUGCACUAUUUUCUUUUUCAUAUCUGACGUUGAUCUUACAAACAGGGGGUAAGCAUAUGUUCAAUUUUCUAUUCUAUCAAAAUGCGUUAACUAUGCAAUAACUAUGUAGUAAACAGCCAUUCUAGCAUAAAACUGCUGUUAAUGACACUUUUCGGGGGUGUUUUAACAGGAGAGAAAAUGUGUGUUAACAGAGAGAUUCUCGCGCUCACGUGCUGUUAUAACACCUUUUUAUAAUUAUAUGCGCGUUCCGUGGCAAGGCGUAAACGUAUUACGGCCCCAAAACGGAUAAUUCAAAAGGAAAUGACGUCAGCGUGAAAAACAACGUAGACUUACCGCGCAUUUCAUGGAAAUUUAAUGACGUUGUGGGAUAAUAUAUUCGUUUACUUGGUUUUUACGCAUUUUAUGCUAGAAUAGCGUUAGCGCAUGUUCUUUUCGUGUUAUAACAUGUUCAGAAUCCCUAGGGAUUCUGCAGAUGUUAUAACACGAAAAAACAUGCGUUAUCGCUUCAUACGACUGUAGAAUAUCUGAACAUAUCUGAUACUGAAACUGAAAUUCAUGGCGUCAUUCCUAUUUUGGAAAUACGUUGCUUUACCCUUGUUGAUGUUAUUAUUAUGUUAUUAGUGUUAUAUAUCUAUACGUAUACUUAUUAAUAUAUUACUAGGAUCGAUUUCAAAGAAUUGUUAACAGAUUUAGUUGUGGAGGACAAUCGAGGUGCAUUAUUUUUACCCUGUAUUGACCUUUCAUCUUAGUUAACGCUUUAAGCGAUCUUUCUUAUGUUGUUUCUUAUUUUCUUUUUCAUUUGCCUCCGUCUGUGGAUUCUGCUUAACCAGGGUACAUGUUUUGCUUGUGGACGCCUUGAUUAUCAACCCGGAUGUACGACAGGAUUUCAUAGACUUUAAAACAUUGAAAUCAGUUCAUUUAGAUUUAAAGAAAGCAGUGUGGAGAGUUCACAAACUUUUCUUCCCAGCGCUUAAAAAACUCAUGUUCAUCGAAAUUAAAUUUCAUGAAUGUCUUUUCAAUUUUCGGGAAAGCUCCCCAGUGGUAUUUAGUGACACUGUCCAGAUAAAGCCCGAAAUAUUAGGCAAUUGAAUGCAUCCGAUUCACCAUUUGUACAUUCAGAAACAGUUUUAUAAAAUCCGUUUCAUGUAAUAGGGUAAAAUCAUAUUGCACGCGUCAUUUUAACUAUUUAUAUACUCACUUUUUACAAUAUGUAUUUAAUGAAAUAAAUUAUUGAAAUAUACAA